AUGUUCCUCCUCUUUUCUAUUUCACGAUACGGCUUCUUCCAAGCCAUCUCCGACGACCUGCAACUAACCAGUCACCGCCUCCACCUCCUGUCCUCUGAUCCGGUCACCGCCGCCAUCCCAUUUGAAUCCAGCUCUGUCAAAAUCGAUGCGUUUUCCACCGUAGUUGUGUUCGCUUCCGUCUUCCCCACAACCACCGCCCUGGAGAAAUCAAUUUCUAGGUUUUACAUCUGCAAUCGAUUUCCAGAUGCUUUGCACUCAAAGCUGUCGACAGAAUUGAUGCACAUCUGCUCUGAAUAUGAAGCAAUUAGGAGCUUGGGUUUGACCAUUUUAAAAGGAAUCUGAGAUUGAGCAGCUAAAUACGGAACACUUGCAAGAACAUAUAUGCUAAAAGAUCAUUAUGGAUUUCAAGGGUUUAAUGUUCAUUUCUAGCAUCCUACUUUCAAGGAAAGAUCAUUUAUUAUGUUUUGAUGGUAAAUGGCAGGUUUUGAGUGUUUUCAAGAAGUUGAAGGAUAGUUGAU